UGGGGGAGACUGUCAUUCACACCACAUCCUCCCACUAAGACCCCCACGGGAGCCCAUCGGGGCCUCUUCAAACCUGACGCCUCACUGGGUUCCCCUUUGCUUCUGUACACAGUACAUCGGAAGGGGGACUUUCGCUGCAAUGACUUUGUCCUCCACCAGACUGCUGGCACCCCCUUCCAAAAGCCAACACCUCCAUCGUCGCUGCUCCUUUCCGACGACGACCCAGGACCACCCCGUUUUCAACCUCGAUCUCCCUAACCUCCUCCGUUCUUCCAAUUUCCUCAUCCUCGGGUCCACUUUUAGGGACUCAAAGCCGGGUCCUUAACGACCACCCUGCAUUUCUGAGGUCCCGCCUUUGAGACGGAGACCCCGCCCCGGGCUCGCCAUCUGGAGAGCGAGGGAGGAAGGAAGGAUACCGACCCCGGCGUUCACCCCACCUCCACCCCCGCCCCCGACAUCCCGGCCAGAUAAAGGAGCCCAGACCGAGGGGAGCGAGACCCCGCCCCCUGGAGAAGAGGAGCCGCAGCCCCUGCAGGACGGGGGUAAGAACCACACUGCGGGAGCCAGACUCCAGGGACCCUCAGAAGGGUUGGGGGUCUGUUGAUGGUAGGGAGACUGAGUCCCAGAAAGUGCCCCAAACUAGGAUCGAGGAUUGGCUAGAACUGCAGAAUCCCUGCGGUUGGUGAAGGAGCUGCGAGUCGGAUUUAUAGGGGUGUGAACUGCAGGUCGUCUGGGGUCGCUAGGCAAGGUCAAGCUCUGAGACGCGGGCGCGCAGCGAAGCAGGGGAAAGAGAGCUGUGUGGUGGAGGCGGCGGAGGAGUCGAACCAGCCGCGAAGAGCGCUGGGCUCCGCGCGCGCCCCAGGGACGCGGCAGUGAGAACGAACCUUCAUCUCCUCCGAGCGCUCUGGGAUCUUACAGAGGGAGGAGAGCGGCGGCGCGGUUGAGAACAGAAUGAGCCCGACGGUUUGAGUGGGGCUGAAUGUGACAGGCCGGGGUCUUUUCGGGAGGAAAGGGGAGGCAGAAAAGGGAAUGUGUCUUAGGACUGCCUGGAUCCCGGAGUCCGCGCCGUGGCACCCGCAGGCUUGCGUCGCUAUGGGUUCCGCCGCAGCACCCGAAGGCGCGCUGGGCUAUGUCCGCGAGUUCACUCGCCACUCCUCCGACGUGCUGGGCAAUCUGAACGAGCUACGCCUGCGCGGGAUCCUCACUGACGUCACGCUGCUGGUUGGCGGGCAACCCCUUCAAGCACACAAGGCAGUUCUCAUCGCCUGCAGUGGCUUCUUCUAUUCAAUUUUUCGGGGCCGAGCAGGAGUUGGGGUGGAUGUGCUCUCCCUGCCCGGGGGCCCCGAAGCCAGAGGCUUUGCUCCGCUCCUGGACUUCAUGUACACUUCACGCCUGCGCCUCUCUCCCGCCACUGCACCAGCCGUCCUUGCGGCUGCCACCUACUUGCAGAUGGAGCAUGUAGUUCAGGCAUGCCACCGCUUCAUCCAGGCCAGCUAUGAACCUCUAGGCAUCUCCUUGCGACCCCUGGAGGCGGAACCCCCUACACCACCAACGGCCCCUCCACCAGACAGUCCUAGGCGCUCGGAAGGACAUCCAGACCCACCUACUGAAUCUCGAAGCUGCAAUCAAGGUCCCCCAAGUCCAGCCAGCCCAGACCCUAAGGCCUGCAACUGGAAAAAAUACAAGUUCAUCGUGCUAAACUCUCAGACCUCCCAAGCGGGGAGCUUACUGGGGGAGAAGGAUUCUGGUCAACCUUGCCCUCAAGCCAGGCUCCCCAGUGGAGACGAGGCCUCCAGCAACAGCAGUAGCAGUGAAGAAGGAUCCAUUCCUGGUUCCCAAAGCAGACUCUCUCCAACUGCUGCCAUUGGGAAAUUCAGAUGUGGAGCUCCAGCCGGUAGCCACUAUGUCCUCACACCCCAGGCUCAGGAGACUACUGCAUCACCCUCUGAGCAGGCUCGUCCACCACCAGGAAGUGAGUUUUUCAGCUGCCAGAACUGUGAGGCUGGGUGCUCAUCGGGGCUGGACCCCUUUGCUUCUGGGGAGGAGGACAAGCCUUAUAAGUGUCAGCUCUGUCAGUCUGCCUUCCGCUACAAGGGCAACCUGGCCAGUCACCGCACAGUGCACACAGGAGAAAAGCCCUACCAUUGCUCCGUCUGCGGAGCCCGAUUUAACCGGCCAGCUAACCUGAAAACACAUAGCCGCAUCCAUUCUGGAGAAAAGCCGUACAAGUGUGAGACUUGCGGUUCCCGCUUUGUACAGGUGGCCCAUCUGCGUGCGCAUGUGCUGAUCCACACUGGAGAGAAGCCCUAUCCUUGCCCCACCUGUGGAACCCGCUUCCGUCACUUACAGACCCUCAAGAGCCACGUUCGCAUCCACACAGGAGAAAAGCCUUACCACUGCGACCCCUGCAGCCUGCAUUUCCGGCACAAGAGUCAACUUCGGCUGCAUCUUCGCCAGAAACACGGAGCUGCUACCAACACCAAAGUGCACUACCAUAUCCUGGGGGGGCCCUAGCUGAGCACUGGCCCAUGUCGCAUUUGUUUCCUGGAGGAUGGGAAAGUGCGGGCUCUGGCCUGGCUUCCCAUCAGUCUCGGUAUGGGGCUGUGCAAGACAAUUCUGAUGUCAGAAACUGCUGCCACCUUAACUUCUUGCUGGGGAGAGCAGGGGUGGCAGAUCCUGGCUAGAUCUGCCUCUGUUUUGCUGGUCAAAACCUCUUCCCCACAAUCCAGUUUGUCUAGCUAAAGGUUGGAGGAAGAGAGAGAAUGGAGGCCUGGUUUCCUUAAGGAAACAGCCCUCUACCUACAGCCCCCAAUCUCAUCUAGUUUAUCUGUAAAUAUAAUUUAUUGAGGCCAUUGGGUUGCACCAGGGCCUUCACUCUGUUGCAUUUCCCAGUUCCCUCUUCUAUAAGUUUGAUCAAAAGUGACCUGAAACAGAGAAAGUGAGGUCACAGCUCUGCUGGCAGAGAUUAGCACUUGGCUCUGUCCUUUGGCUUGAGUGUUUUUAUAUGGUUUUGUCAUAACUUUUAUCUUUAGAAUUGUUCUUUCUCUUGUUUGUUCACUUGUUGGUUUAAGUGGAGAAAUGGGUUCUCUGUGUUCUGCCCCUCCAUUUUCUAGGUCUGGAAACUUUGUUCUUGGCAAGCCCUGGGAGCUUGUGGAAUUGGGACAGGGACCCUUUCUGCUAUUCUCUGGCAGGACAGAACUGAAUAUAGACCAAUGAUGGUGAACCUUUUCGAGCUUUCAAUGAUACAAACAGCCCCUGUGACACCUGUGCCAUAGGUUGGCCACCACUGACAUAUAGACUCUUCUUUAUUCUUCAAGCAUUGUAGAAAUGUUUAUUGUGAGCCUGAAAAUGAGGUAAAAAAAAUGCCUUCUGCACGAUGGGGGUGUGGGCACUGGAUUCUGUAUUUCCUGCUUUGUUUUAUUUUAUAAAGACACAGUCUUCUUCUGUAGUCCAGGCUGGCUUUGAACUCAUUAUGCAGCCCAGACUGGCCUUGAACUCAAGAUCCUCCUGCUUCAGCCUCCCAAAGUGAGGCUGGUAGUCUUUCCUAUAAGAUGGUUCAGAACCUAAACUGUCCUAUUAACCUAGUCACCUGGGUUUGGCCAUACUACAUGCACUAUAUGCCUCUCUCACCCAAGCCCAUAAGUCUUACACUGGGGCUUUUUCUCAGCACUGAGAUGAUCCCUCCAUAGAGAGAUCUGAAAAGCCUUAUCAGGGAUGAUGUGACCUUUUCCGAUUCCACCUCUUUUGUGUGGUGUGACCUAGGGCAGAAUUAUGAAACUCUGUACUCUAACUAAAGAGUCAUGAUCCAUCCAUUACUGCUGAGGUAUCUGGGUUUGAAUAUUCCUUGAUGUUCUUGCUUCCUGUGAUGACCCCCUUCUUGCUUGUUUUUGUACAUCUUUGGGCAAGGGUUCAGAUUCCAAACAACUUCUUUGCCCCUAAAAGUCACAAGUGCUUGGUAACUUUCUUACCUUAGAACAGCUGGGUCUGUGACACAGUGUUCCUAUCACUGCAUUCCUGUCUGGAAGGAACCAGUGAAUGCACUAGAACCUUCCAGAAGAAGGAAAAAUGGGGCUGAGUUCCAUUCUGGAUUUGUUUAAAUUUUUGGAUUAUGACUGGGAUUAUUGUUGGGAUUACAGAUUGGAGAGACUUAAAAGACUGGUUGACUCAUGGGCCAAAGACCUCUUCUAGUUGACCAAGCUGCCAGGUAGGAUGAAGAGGCUGGUUGAGGGCUACAGUUUCUGGUAUAGAACAGGUUGGAUGAAAGUUAGGAUUGGUGUUGCCUCUUGGCUAAAACGGAGCGUCUAGAAUGUUAGAUAAUACUUUGAAGCUUUGAUGUAUAGUUCUGACCCUUGUUGCCCUGGACCUAUUUGAUUAUAGGACAUGGGUGGACAUAGCACUUUUGAAUUUGUAGGGUGGAACUCCUCAGAUCAGUACUUGUGGGUGUCACUUGGGGACUGGUGAGAAAGUUACUCUUCUUUCUUUUUGCAUUUUAAUUCCCAUCACCCAAUUGCACAAUUGAAGAAGAAGGGAGGGAAAGUAAAAGAGAAAUGUGAGAAGGAACCAUGAUUUCUUUUUAUCAGACUGGAUUGGCAGGUGAAAAGUGCCUGGGUAUGGAAGUAUUACAUUUGGGGAGAUCAGAUCCUUGGAAUAAAGAAGCCUCUUUGCGUUACUGCUAUGUCCUGGAUUCUUGCCUGGGGGUAUCUGGGUCUUGGAAAGAGAUUGCUUCCCUCCUGAAUAGUAUCUGGGAUUCUGUACUCAUUUUACUAUCCUAUCCCACCAGACAUCUUAAGUAUUCUCCCCUCCCAGUCCUUGCCUUCCGGUAUAUUGUGUAGGAAUCAGUGACUUCAUGAAGUUUCUCCGGAGCCACCUGUAUCCUGCUAGUCUGAAGUCACUUCCUGCCUGAGGUAUGGAGGCAGCAGGGAGAAACUAGGAAACUACUAGAAAUAUCAAGAGGUGGGGGAUGGAUGUUUCUCUGCUCUGGAUCUUAAUUUUGGGGACACUAUACCAUCACCACCACCAAAGAAAUAGGACUUGGAUCCCAUAAGGACAAUGGGGUCUGGAGGCAGCAGUGAGAAUACUGGGUAGUUGAAAGCCAGCAUCCCAAGUCCAGCCUUCUCUUAACAAUAGUACCUUGGAAUCUAUCCAGUGUCCAGUGCAUGUGCAUCUCUCACCCUUUCCCCUGUCCUAUGUGUCUCCUGGGUGCACAGCUCUGUUCUUGCCCAUGAGCAGAAAUCACUCAUUCUAAUAGAAUCUCCUUUUAGGCCUUAAAUUCUUCUGUGAUAAAAAACAGUUAACAUAGCCUUUGCCAUUUCCUCCAAGUGUUACAAAUUGUGGUUGUGUUUCUUAAUCAUUUAAACCCCAAGACCGGGAUUAGACUUUUUAAAAAAACCUCCCCCAAACUAAACUACAACCUUAUUCACUUCUCACUACAGCUGUUGAAAAUAAAAUCAGCUUAUUACUUACCCUGUGCUAAAUGUCAUACCCUAACCUAAGCAUUUUAGUAUGGAUUUACUAAUUUAAUACACCUGGCAACCAUUAGAAAAUUAGGCAGUAUUAUCUGCAAUUUACAAAUAGAGAAAC